AUGAGAAGCUCCAGAGGCAAAAGAGCGCAGAAGUGUCUGGAUCACUGGCUGUCAAAGAAACCCAACGUGACCCACAAAGACCCAGAACCCAAACCUCGAAAGACCGAGGAGAGUCCAGAAAGCCCCGAUGUCUUCACAACACAAAGCGCACCGUCCACAUCACAGCUGACUCGAGAGGCUUCUGUUCUGAGAUCAGAUCAUGAUGUUCCGCUAAAGACGCACAGAAUCACACACUUCUUCAGCAGAACUUCACUGAAAGUCAACUAUAGACAGACAACAGCUCCAGUAUUGACUGGGAGGAGCGUCAGCAGUGACGUCACAUGGCUGGGUGUUCCUCUCCAUGAGCUGCAGAGGGCGCCAGCGUGCAGCGGUCCUUUACCCCGCCUGAGACCCACAAACACACACACAGUGAUGAUUCGGACUGACCUGUUGCAUCCUGGGAAGGUUCCAGUGCCGUAUCCCUCUCCAGAGAAAGUGUUAGACUGCUGGGAUACUGAACAUGUGAAGAUGCCCUGCUCCAAUCACAACCUGUUCCCCGGACACAACUCGACUCUUGAGAGCCGGUGGGUUUUGAUAAAUCAAGCCUUGAGGAGAUCAUUCAGCUCAUGUGAGGAUUUAAAGGAUGCCAUAUUGAAAUAUAACGCAGCUCAAGCGAAGUGUUGGGACUUUACAGCGCUGGACUUAUACUGCAGGGGUCUACAGGGGGAUGGAUGUGAGCAGAUGUUUGGAGAUCUGAUUCCAGCGAUGGUUCAGUUAGCGUUAAGAGUGGACCUUCUUUGCACACAGGCCAUCAGUCUUCUGCGCUGUCAGCAGUGUUCUUCAGUGACGUUGUCUCAGGAGCAGGUGUCGUGUCUGUUGGCUAAUGCGUUCUUCUGCACGUUUCCCAGACGCAGCUCUCGCAGGACAGGGUUUAGUAACUAUCCUGACAUCAACUUCAACAGGUUAUUUGAGGGCUCUUCACAAAAGAAACAAGAGAAACUCAAAACUCUUCUGUGGUACUUUAGACGAAUCACACAACAGAGGCCCACUGGUGUUGUGACAUACACAAGACGUUGUCUGCAAAGUUUCCCAUCGUGGUGGAGUUCAGAACAAACAUUCACAAAACUUCACAUCACCUCUGAAGGAACCAUAGAGGAACACGGACACGGCUUACUGCAGGUGGACUUUGCUAACAGGUUUGUUGGGGGAGGAGUGACGGGUUCUGGUCUGGUUCAGGAAGAAAUCCGUUUUCUGAUCAAUCCAGAGCUCAUUGCAGCUCGACUCUUCACUGAGGCCCUCGAUGACAAUGAGUGUCUGAUCAUUACAGGAACAGAGCAGUUCAGCAGAUACUCUGGAUACUCGGAUACCUACAGAUGGGAUGGUAACCAUGACGACCAGACACCAAGGGAUGAGUGGCAGCGCAGAUACACUGAGAUUGUUGCCAUAGAUGCUCUGCAUUACAGAAACUUCCUAGAACAGUUUCAUCCAGACAACAUGAAGCGAGAACUUAACAAGGCGUUCUGUGGUUUUGCUCGUUCUGAGAUGAACACAAAGCAUUUUUCAGGUGUGGCGACGGGUAACUGGGGCUGUGGAGCGUUUGGUGGAGACACACGUUUAAAAGCUGUGUUGCAGAUGAUGGCUGCAGCCGAGGCUCAACGUGAUUUGGUUUACUUCACGUUUGGAGAUACACAGCUUCUCAGAGACGUCCACAACAUACACACUCUCAUCAGACGCAAACACAUCACUGUUGGUUCAGUGUAUGGUGUGUUGCAGAAGUACUACGAGUGUGUGUGUUCCACAGCGUCAAUAACAAAAGCGCAGGAAUCCCUUUACUGCUUCCUCUCUAAAAACCUUUGACCUCCGACCUCCACUGCUGACGUCUCAUUCUGGAUCUGUAAUGUUUUUUAGUUUAGAGUUGAUUCUGCUUCUCAAUAAACAGAUGGAAAUAUUUCUG